CAAUGACGGUAGCAGGUCUGCGGAGUCCCGAAAACUCGCUUCUUCCGCUGACGUUCUUCCCAGACAGAAAAACCCUAAACCCUAAACCAGAGAGAAGCGUUUCUCGUUGUUGAGUGUAGAAGCGAUGCUGCGUCGCAACGUUCGGUUGAGGAGGGAGUAUCUGUACCGGAAGAGCUUAGAGGGCAAAGAGAGGAUCCGUUAUGAGAACAAGCGCAAGAUUGCAGAAGCUCUUCAAGAGGGGAAACCGAUUCCUACCGAGCUCCGAAAUGUGGAGGCGGAGCUCCGGGCUGAAAUUGAUCUGGAAGACGAUAAGACCGCCGUCCCAAGGAGUUAUAUUGAUGAUGAGUACGCGACUGCAACCGAGAAAGAUCCUAAAAUUCUGCUGACUACAUCCCGUGAUCCAAGUGCGCCUCUUGUACAGUUUGUGAAGGAAUUGAAGAUUGUUUUCCCAAAUGCUGAGCGGAUAAAUCGUGGUGGCCAGGUUAUUUCUGAAAUUAUCGAGAGUUGUCGUUCUCAUGAUUUUACAGAUGUCAUUUUAGUUCAUGAGCAUCGUGGUGUGCCCGAUGGCAUGAUUAUAAGCCAUCUACCUUUUGGACCAACCGCUUAUUUUGGUUUGCUCAAUGUGGUUACUAGACAUGAUAUCAAGGAUAAGAAAGCAAUUGGAACGAUGUCUGAGGCUUAUCCACACCUGAUUCUUGACAAUUUCAAUACAAAGCUUGGUGAAAGGACAGCAAACAUAUUGAAGCAUCUCUUCCCAGUGCCAAAGCCAGAUACCAAACGUAUACUCACUUUUGCAAAUCAAUCAGACUAUAUCUCGUUCCGGCAUCAUGUUUAUGAAAAGCGUGGUGGUCCCAAGUCUGUCGAGCUUAGGGAGAUUGGUCCUCGUUUUGAAAUGCGACUUUAUCAGAUAAAGUUGGGAACGAUGGAGCAGACCGAAGCACAGACGGAGUGGGUGAUUCGACCGUACAUGAACACAACAAAGAAGCGCAAGUUCAUCGGGGACUGAUUGCACCAACAGCCUGGCGUCACUGUGAUUCGUUGCUGCAACCAAAUUUUGUCCAACUUCAGCAGUAACUAUUUGUAUCCUCGCUCCAUUUAUGAACCCAUUUCAGUGUGGCCACAAAAACACAAGUCCAAACAUGUUGAUGAAUAUGUACACGCCCAUUUUAACCCAACCCGAGUAUGGUGCUCACAACCGUCGGGUCAUGACUCAUGAGUGGUCCGAAGACAUGGGGUGCCUGUGUAUAUGCUUCAAUAUGGUGUACGUGGGUUGGGUGGUUAGCCAUUUUAAUCAUCUGAAUUGUGCAUUACGGUUUGGGAAAUAUUAAAUUUAAAACUCUAAAAAAAAUUCUAUAGUU